AUGGGCAACGAGGAGUCGGCCCUCGUCGCCGAGUCGGUCAAGCCCUCGACGCUGACGGAGAGGUCGCUAGCAGCAGUGGCAGCCUACCUCAAUGACGAGUCCCAGCAGAGAAAGGUCGUCGUCCUCACGGGCGCCGGCAUCUCUACCGCCGCCGGAAUCCCCGACUUCCGGUCCCCCAAAACAGGACUCUACAACAACCUCGCGCGGCUCAACCUCCCCUACGCCGAGGCCGUCUUCGACUUGACCUACUUCCGCACGCACCCGGAGCCGUUCUACGUGCUCGCGCGGGAGCUCUACCCGGGCAAGUUCCACCCGACGGUGUCGCACGCCUUCAUCAAGCUCCUCGACGACAAGGGCAUGCUGCAGAUGCUCUUCACGCAAAACAUCGACUGCCUCGAGCGGCGGGCCGGCGUGCCCGCGGACAAGAUUGUCGAGGCGCACGGCAGCUUCGCGACGCAGCGGUGCAUCGAGUGCCGGGCCGCGUUCCCGGGGGACUUGAUGACGGAGCACGUGGCGAGGGGCGCGGUGCCGCGGUGCCGCGAGGCCGGCUGCGCGGGGACGGUGAAGCCGGAUAUCGUCUUCUUUGGCGAGAUGCUGCCGGCGGCGUUUGGCGAGCGGGCGGGCCACGCGCGCGCCGCGGACCUGCUGCUUGUCAUGGGGACGAGCCUGACGGUGCACCCGUUUGCGGGGCUACCCGAGCUGGCGGCCGAGGGGAGGCCGCGCGUGCUGCUGAACUUGGAGAGGGUAGGGCGGCUGGGCACCCGGCCCGACGAUGUGGUGGAGCUGGGCGAGUGCGACGAGGGGAUUCGCAAGCUGGCCGACGCGCUGGGGUGGAGGGACGAGCUGGAGACGUGCUGGAGGGCGGUUGUCGGACAUGAGGAGGCGGACAGGCAGCUGAGGAGCGCGGGCGGCGGGGGGCGCGAGGUCGAGGGCGAGGUCGAGGACGAGGUGCGCAAGUUGGCCGAGGGGGUGGAGGAGGCGCUGAGGCUCGGGGAGAGCGAGGGCGAGGACGGGGCUGGGCCAUCGGCGGAGCAGGGACAUGAGGCUGUGGUUUCGGAGGAGGAGUCGGCGGCAAAGGGAGGGCAUUCGAUGGCGAGGGCAGAGUCUUCGCCAGAGACACCCGAAACUCGUGUUGAGCAACAUGUUCCGAGGGCAGCGGCUGAAGCAGCAGGUUCCGAGACAGUCGACGAAAAGGAAAAGGAAAAGGAAAAAGAGGCUGAAAAGCCGUCCCUUUAG